AUGAGUUACGCAAAGAAAGACGAGGAUGCCGACCACCCCGGCUUCAAGCUGGAUCGCACUUCAGUCUUCCAAGAUGCUCGACUGUUCAACUCGUCUCCUAUAUCUCCACGGAAAUGCCGAACCCUUCUCACCAAGAUUGCCGUCCUUCUCUUCACGGGCGAGAAGUUCCCGACAAAUGAAGCCACGACUCUUUUCUUCGGCAUCUCCAAACUCUUCCAGAACAAGGAUCCUUCCCUGCGUCAAAUGGUGUAUCUGGUUCUCAAGGAGCUGGCACAUACUGCCGAGGAUGUGAUAAUGUCCACCAGCAUUAUUAUGAAGGACAUGACGGUUGGAAGUGAGAUCGUGUACAAGGCCAAUGCUAUUCGCGCUUUGUGUCGGGUCAUCGACGCGACGACCGUUCAGGGGAUCGAGCGAUUGAUUAAGACCGCAAUCGUGGACAAGUCUCCCGCAGUUUCCUCGGCAGCCCUGGUCUCGUCAUAUCAUCUGCUCCCGAUCGCCAGAGACGUUGUCAGGAGAUGGCAGAGCGAGACUCAAGAAGCGGCAUCUUCAUCCAAGUCUGGAGGUGGCUUUCUCAGCUUCUCUACCAAUUCGUCCCACUCACUCGCAGCGGCCAACACGAAUUAUAUGAACCAAUAUCAUGCUAUUGGUCUCCUCUUCCAGAUGCGAUCUCACGACAGGAUGGCUUUAGUCAAGAUGGUCCAGCAAUACGGGGCUGCCGGAGUGGUCAAGAGUCCCGCAGGAGUCAUGAUGUUGGUCCGGCUUGCAGCUCGACUUGCGGAAGAGGAUCCGGGUCUGAGAAAGCCCAUGAUGCAGAUGCUUGAUACCUGGUUGCGUCACAAGAGCGAGAUGGUCAACUUCGAAGCUGCCAAGGCCAUCUGCAACAUGCCCGACGUGACUGACGCGGAGGCUGCACAGGCGAUCCACGUUCUACAGUCUUUCUUGACCUCACCCAGAGCGGUCACCAAAUUCGCGGCGAUCCGCAUUCUGCACGCUUUUGCUUCUUUCAAGCCGCAGGUUGUCCAUUCUGCGAAUCCGGACAUUGAGGCUCUGAUCUCGAACAGCAAUAGAUCUAUCGCCACUUUUGCCAUCACCACUCUUCUCAAGACCGGCAAUGAGGCCAGCGUCGACCGUCUCAUGAAGCAAAUAUCCAGUUUCAUGGCCGAGAUCACCGACGAGUUUAAGAUUACAAUUGUUGAAGCGAUCCGCACUCUUUGCAUGAAGUUUCCCAGCAAGCAAGCCGGCAUGCUCACUUUCUUGAGUGGCAUUCUUCGCGACGAGGGUGGCUACGAGUUCAAACGAGCCGUAGUAGAGAGUAUGUUUGACCUCAUCAAGUUUGUGCCCGGCAGCAAAGAGGAGACUCUGUCCCACUUGUGCGAGUUCAUUGAGGACUGCGAGUUCACCAAGCUGGCUGUGCGGAUUUUGCACCUGAUCGGCGUGGAAGGACCAAAGACCCCUCAGCCCACCAAAUACAUCCGCUACAUUUACAAUCGGGUGGUUCUGGAAAAUGCCCUGGUCCGAGCAGCAGCAGUGACCGCCCUUGCCAAGUUCGGUGUAGGACAGAAAGAUCCCGAGGUCAAGAAGAGUGUGCGAGUUCUUCUGAAGAGGUGUCUGGAUGACACCGAUGAUGAGGUUCGAGACAGGGCAGCUUUGAAUUUGCGGUUGAUGCAAGAGGACGAUGAGAUCGCCGAAAGAUUCAUCAAGAACGACUCUAUGUUUUCCCUGUCUACCUUCGAGCAUAAGCUUGUCAUGUACGUGACAGCAGAUGACAAGUCUAUCUUCAGCAAGCCGUUCGACAUCGACGCCGUUCCUGUUGUCUCACACGAGCAAGCCUUGGCCGAGGAACGAACGAAGAAGCUCACCACUGCCACCCCUACCCUGAAGGCACCCAGCACAGGACCCACGAAACCAAAGGCGAAUGGGCUUUCAGAGACGCCCUCGGCCGCCGCAGCCGCUCAGAAAUACACCCAAAUUUUCUCGAGAAUUCCAGAGCUUGCUGCCUAUGGCCCUGUUCUCAAAUCUAGUCCUGUGGUGGAGCUCACAGAGAGCGAGACCGAGUACGUUGUUUCGGCUGUCAAACAUAUAUUCAAGGAGCAUGUUGUCAUACAAUAUGACAUCAAGAACACGUUGGACCAGACGGUGCUAGAGAAUGUCACGGUUCUGACAUCUCCGUCGGAGGACGAGGAGCCGAUCCUGGAAGAAGAGUUUAUUAUUCCUGCAACCGCUCUGAAGACCAACGAGCCCGGUGUGGUCUACGUCGCAUUCAAGAAGCUGGGAGGCGAGCAGUCUUUCCCGACGACGACCUUCUCCAAUGUCCUCAAGUUCACCAGCAAGGAAAUCGACCCGACAACAGGCGAAGCCGAAGAAAGUGGUUACGACGACGAAUACGAAGUUGAGAAUCUGGAGCUGACUGGUGCGGACUUUGUCUUGCCCGCCUUUGCCGGAAGUUUCGACCACAUCUGGGAGGGGACUGGCGCCAAUGGCGAAGAAGCAAGUGAGACGUUACAACUCUCAGCUAUCAAGAGCAUAGCAGAAGCGACGGAACAGCUCGCCCAAAGUCUCGGCCUGCAGCCUUUGGAAGGCACGGACAUGGCACUAUCAAAUACGACACAUACACUCAAGCUGUACGGGAAGUCUGUCACGGGCGGACGAGUCGCGGCGCUCGUGAAGAUGGCAUACUCGGCCAAAUCGGGCGUCACGGUCAAGGUUUCUGUUCGGACGGAUGAAGAAGGGUUGGCGCCAUCCGUCAUCUCCGUUUUGUUGUAA